GCGCGCGCUAUAGUAAUGAAGGCUGCGGUUCUCUUCCUUCUGUUCUUCGUCCACGUUGCGUGUGAAGACUACUACGACUUACUAGGUAUUAAAAGAGAUGCCGGAGAUCGAGACAUUCGUCGUGCGUUCAAGAAAAUCGCGUUAAAACGUCAUCCUGACAAAAACAAGGACGAUCCUAAUGCGCACGAAAACUUCCUCAAGAUAACUAGAGCAUACGAGGUCUUGAAAGAUGAAGAAUUGAGGAAGAAAUACGACACGUACGGUGAGGAGGGACUCAAAGAAGACCAUUUCGGAGGACACUAUCAAAGUUGGAAAUUUUAUCAGGAAGAAUUCGGCAUUUAUGAUGAAGACCCUGAGAUUAUUACUCUGAGCAAGAGCGACUUUGAUCAGUCGGUGGUGAACUCCGGUGAUCUCUGGUUUGUCAAUUUCUAUUCGCCAAACUGUCAUCACUGCCAUAAUUUGGCGCCAACGUGGCGAGAGGUGGCAAGAGAGUUACAAGGUGUUGUUCGUAUUGGAGCGGUAAACUGUGGAGAAGACUGGGUUUUGUGCAAUCAGCAAGGCAUUCACAGUUUUCCGUCGCUGUUGAUAUUUCCCAAGAGAGAGAAGUAUCGUGGUGAACGGUCAAAGAAAGCGUUAGUCAGACACGCACUUGAGUUUGUCUCAGCUGUCGUCCACGAUCUAAGUGAAACAAACUUUGACGAGAAGGUCACCGGAAGUCCAAAAUGGUUAUUACAUUUCUGUUCAUCAGAUGCAGGAGAUUGUCUUUCAUCAAUGAACAGAAUCAAGUUGGCUGCUGGAUUGGACAAGAUAUACAAUGUUGGAGUCAUUGAUUGCAUGUAUCAAGCAUCACUAUGCAAGAGAUUAGGACACACGACAGGAACAGUGCCAUACACGCCGCAGUCACAAGAAACAAUGGAGCCUCUAGUGUCUCUUGAUGCUAUAGAAUUGUCUCACGAAGCCAUCGAGCUCCUCCCUCAUCCCGAGUUUCUAACACAGUCUCUGUGGCCGGAGGUUGAGAGUGAUGUGGCAGCUGGACGUCCGUGGCUUGUUCUCUUUACUGAUACGUCUCCGGAGUUUUUAUUUGAAAUGAAGAAAUUGCCGUCCUUUCUGACAGAUAUUAAGGUGAGACAAGUUGAUUGCAGAACUGAAAGCAAACUUUGUGAGAUGGUGCAUAUGAGAAAGGGGCAAGUUGCUUUGUUUAAGAAAGUCGGCUAUGAGCAAUAUCAUGGCCGGAUGGUUGCCGAGGACAUUGCCUCAUUCGCAAAGCAAAGUGCCAUCUCUCACGUCCGUUCACUCACUCCUGAUGAUUUUCCAGGACGCGUAAUAAACAGUGGAGAGCCAUGGUUUGUGGACUUCUUUGCUCCAUGGUGUCCGCCAUGCAUGAGGUUGUUGCCAGAAUGGAGGAAAGCUGCCACAAACAUUGGACAGUCUGUUAGCUUUGGGACGGUAGACUGCACUGUACAUGGUAAUCUGUGUAACCAGAUGAACAUCCGAUCCUAUCCAACUACAAUAUUUUACAAUCAAAGCGUUCCUCAUCAGUUUCAUGGCGACCGCAGUGCAAACGCUCUUGUGGAGUUUGUGAAGGAUACGUUGAAUCCCAAAGUAAUUACUCUGACUGACAACACGUUUGACGAGCUGCUUAGAAAACGACCUAAAGAUGAAGUGUGGAUGGUAGAUUUUUAUGCUCCCUGGUGUGGACCAUGUAACCAGCUGAUGCCUGCGUGGAACAAAGUUGGCAAGGUUCUUCAAAAGAAGGCAAAAGUUGGUAAAGUUGACUGUACUACACAACAGCGGGUCUGUGAACGUGAAGGCAUUCGAAGCUACCCGACCAUUAGACUAUAUCCAGCUGGACAUUCUGGAUCAAAUUAUUUUGAUACGUUUCAAGGUUGGCGAAAUGCGGAAUCUAUUCGAGCAUGGGCAUAUCAAUACCUUCCAUCCAAAGUGUUUGUACUACGCGAAAGUAACUUCUACACGUCUGUAUUGCAGAGCAAGGAUCCUUGGCUUGUUGAUUUUUACGCUCCGUGGUGUGGCCACUGCAUGAACUUUGCACCGAGCUUUGAAAGGGUUGCAGAACUGAUGGAGAAUGAGAUAAAGUGUGGGAAAAUCGAUUGUCAGAAUCAACCGUCGUUAUGCCAACGAGUAGGAAUUCACCAAUAUCCAACUGUCUACUUUUAUGAAGGAGCAGAAAACGAUGUGUCACAGGCACAUGCAGGUUUAGAAAUCACAACACAGAAUAUCAACCAAAUUAUAAAUAUAGUAAAGAGUGAAUUGCGACAGAAACAGUUAAAGACUCAAAGGCAUGAUGAGCUAUGAGGAAGGCAGCAUGUAGGCAACGGUGGUGACAAGAUGUGACUGAGAAUAUUCUUUACUAACUAUUGACUUUCUUGAUUAACAGAUCCUCUGGAGUUUUCUAGUUCUAUGUGUUGCGUAUCUUAAUACAGUGACCAGAAUUGUA